UCCCCCGCCCCCGCCGGCUGCUAUUUCUGCUAAUCCCGGCGGCAGGGCCCGGCCGUGCCGCUCGGCAGCCCCGCUCACGGACGGCGCCCGGCGCCGCAGCCAUGAUAAAGCGUUUCCUGGAGGAGGACUCAGAGGAGGCUGAGCUGACCCAGCUUCUGAGAGAUUGCCCACCGGCUGACAGCCCCAGGAAGGUGGAGCCCACAGAGAGCCGUCGGGAGCCUGGCCACCCCCUCUGCGGUGUGGGCAGGGUCCCCCCUGAUGAACCUGCUGACGAGAGGGACCCCAAGAUCUUCUCCCGGUCUCGGCCCUUGGAUUUUCACCAGCACAUUGCCGCCCCCCCACCCCCCAGCCCCAACCGUCCCAGGAGCCCCUGGGGGCAGCUGGACCCCUACGACUCCUCUGAGGAUGACAAGGAGUAUGUGGGCUUUGCCACACUGCCCAACCAGGUCCAUCGGAAGUCAGUGAAGAAGGGGUUUGACUUCACCCUCAUGGUGGCAGGGGAAUCUGGGCUAGGCAAGUCCACCCUGGUCAACAGCCUCUUCCUGACGGACAUGUACAGAGACCGCAAGCUGCUGAAUGCUGAAGAGCGCAUCACACAGACAGUGGAGAUCACCAAGCACAUGGUGGACAUCGAGGAGAAGGGUGUCAAGCUGCGCCUGACCAUUGUGGACACGCCAGGCUUUGGUGAUGCUGUCAACAACACAGAGUGCUGGAAGCCAGUGGCUGACUACAUUGACCAGCAGUUUGAGCAGUAUUUCCGUGAUGAAAGUGGCCUCAACCGGAAGAACAUCCAGGACAACCGUGUCCACUGCUGCAUCUACUUCAUCUCACCCUUUGGCCACGGACUCCGGCCCUUGGAUGUGGAGUUCAUGAAAGCCCUGCACCAGCGGGUAAACAUCGUGCCUGUGCUGGCCAAGGCUGACACCCUGACCCCCACUGAGGUGGAGCGUAUGAAGAACAAGAUUCGGGAGGAGAUCGACCACUACGGCAUCCGCAUCUACCAGUUCCCCGAGUGUGACUCAGAUGAAGAUGAAGAGUUCAAGCUGCAGGACCAGGCACUGAAGGAGAGCAUCCCCUUUGCUGUCAUUGGCAGCAACACAGUUGUGGAGGCCAAAGGCCGGCGCAUCCGUGGGCGCCUCUACCCCUGGGGCAUUGUGGAAGUGGAGAAUCCUUCCCACUGUGACUUUGUGAAGCUGCGGACAAUGCUGGUGAGGACCCACAUGCAGGACCUCAAGGACGUGACACGGGAAACCCACUACGAGAACUACCGCACGCAGUGCAUCCAGAGCAUGACCCGCAUGGUUGUGAAGGAGAGGAACCGCAACAAGCUGACACGGGAAAGUGGGACAGAUUUCCCCAUCCCUGUUAUCCCCCCGGUACCUGAUGCGGAGACAGAGAAGCUCAUCCGGGAGAAGGAUGAGGAGCUGCGACGGAUGCAGGAGAUGCUCCAGAAGAUCCAGAAGCAGAUGAAGGACUCACACUAGCCCCUUUUUUCUCCUCCUCCUCACCCCCCCCAGAUCAGAAAUGUUUACAUCAUGCUCCAUCCUGCCCCGGCCCUGCUGCGAGACUCAAUACCAACACUGCACCCACCACCUUAAGCUGCUGCGGUAUCGCCUUAUCCAACUGACCAGUGCCCAUCUCAUGGGGACAGUGAGGGGACAGGGCAUCCAGCCUUGGGAACACCUGUCCUGGCCAGAUUGCUGCCCCUCUCCCUCUCCUCGAGGCUGGGGACAGCUUUGUCCCCUGAGCUUUGGCUUUUCUUGUUUCCCUUGCAGCUCUGGGGAGGGCCACCAUCCAGCCUGCUCCCCACGUCGUGUCCUUUGUCCCCAUGUCACCUCAGGCUGCCUGCUUACAGCCUUUAUGCUCAGCUUGGCCCUGGCUUAAGGGAAGAGGAAAGGGGACCAGAGGAAACGGUACCCAACCUCCCCAACACUGCAGCUGCCCUGCAGUGGGGAACAGGGCUGCUCCCCACUGGCCUCUGCUGACACAGAUAGACAGCAGACCCUGGGGACCAAGGGGACAGAGGGGCAGCGCCCAUCCUGGCCCGGGUGGCAGCUGGCACUUAGACCCUUAGCCACCUCUGUGCCAGCACCCAUGCAAGGAGUGACUGAAGCAUGGCUGUGUCCAGCCCUGUGUCCUCAGCAGGGACCCUAUCCUCAAGGUACUCCUUGGGAGUACCCUCGGUCCCCAGGUGGUGGUGAGGGCUGUGGCAGGGAGACCACUGGGGAAUCACAGUCCCUGGAGAAAGUUCCUUGAACAUCAGAGGCUGGGUGCCCAGCCCGGUACCCCCUUGAUGUUGGCCCUGUAAAGCAAUAACGACUAUCCCAUGCCUGUGGUGCUUCCUGACCUAUGGCAGCAGGAGUAUCCCUCGCUGGCAUUUUGGCCCCUGGUGCCACUUGCUUGUCUGUGGUAUCCCUCUGUGUCCCCAGGAUGUCCCUGUCCCUGCUGCUUCCUGGCAGAGCAUCACUGUGUGUCCCUCAAGGAUGUCCCUGUUCAUGUUGCUUCCUGGCAAAACACUGCUCUGUGUCCCCUGUGAUGUCCCUAUCUGUGUUGCUGCCCUGCAGAGCACUGUAUUGUGUCUCCCCAGGAUGUCCCCAUCUUCUUUGCUUCCCAGCAAAGCACUGCUGCGUGUCCCUGGGGCAAGCCGUGGCCUGCACCUUCUGGCCAGCAGCCACAGGGCAUUCCAGGGGAGAUGGAUGCAAUCCCCCACAAACCUCCCUGCUCUGCCCUGGCUAUGGGGAAAGACAAAAGGGGACAGUGAGGCUGCACAGUGGAGGCAGAACUGGGAGCAGGUGGGAUCACUGGGAGCUUGCUGGCAUGGGGAUGCAUCCCCUCCUUGGCAGGACUACCUGAGCUGGGGUCCCCCGGGUAGGUUUACACCUGAGCAAGGGGUUUGCAUCCAGGUGGCUUGGCUGAUGGGGGCUGUGUUCAGCUGAGGCUGGGAGGGGGUGCUGGGGCAGCAUCUGGCAUGUGCCACCCGUGUCCCUGUGCCAGCUGGAGGGUCCCUUGGCCCCUGCAGGCAGGGACCCCACGGGCAAGGCCAUGCAGAGUGUAUUAGCGCUUUCCUGUUUUUUAAUCUUGCUAUUUUCUUACAGAAGUACCUACCUUUGCAUGAUGGUCAUAGAGGCAUUUAUGAAAGAAUAAGCAGAGUAUAGGUUUAUAAAUUCUUAUAAAGCUAGUGGAAAUAUUUUUAUCCUUCCCAACUGUUCUCAAUAAAUACCACUGACCUGGCUUGUCUGCAACCCUGAGUCACUUCUGCACAGGCAGUGGGCACCCCAAGUCCCUGGGCAAGCAAGGACAGGGCUGAUGGUGGCCAUCCCUGUGGCCUCUUACUCCUGGCUCCUGUUUUGCUGACAAAGGCUCAAAAUGGAUCUUUUGCAGGGGGGGUGGUUAUGCUGCACCCACAGGGGUACCCACCUUCGCAUGGGGUGGGAGACCCCCAUGGGACCCAGCUCUGGGGAUGAGGUCCCACCUGCCUGCUGCUGGCUUGGGGUCCCAUGGCCCUGGGAGAUGCUGGUGUUGGGGCCAUGAUGGGAACUGUGGGUAAAAUUCCAGGGGAUGAAAUUACCCUCCAUAUGCUGCCCCCAGGCAUCUUCAUGCCCCCCACAGUGGGGUGACUCCAGCUGGGAGACACCACGGGCACUUGUAUGGCUGGGCCUCUCUUGUGAGUACCAAUGCCUGGUUACCACAGCUUGGCUUCACCAGGAGCUUAUGGAGUGAGCAGAGUGGCCCCAGGAUGGAUGAGCUAUGUCUCUAUCUGCCUUCCAGUGGGCAUCAUCCACCUACACCCUGUUAUCCCUCCCAAGGCAGGGUAUUGGGGUGAUCCUGCACCCCACACUGUGACACUCUGCAGCAGCCAUCAUGCACAUGGCACAGGGCUGUACCUGUCCCCCUGCACCCUUCAGGGCUGGGCUGUGGGAAGCACAUCCCCAGGCACCCCUAAACUCCCCACCCCUCCAUGGGCAUCCCUGCCCCUGAUGCCUUAAUCACCCUGAACAUCCUCACCUGGCUCCCACCCACACCCUUGACACCCUAUUUAAGCUCAGCAGCCUAUGUGCUUGGCUUAGCCCUGUCCUCACUCGCUUGCUUAUGGCAUUUCCUGGCUUCCCCAGGUGUUUUACUUCCAUCCAAUGGAUGCUGGACAUGCAGUGGGGUCUGAUGCUACCACCAUGACUCUGCUUGCUGCCCUGGGAUGGUGGGUGCUGGGGUGACCCACAGUCCCCAGCUCGUUUGCUGUGCAAAGCACCCUGCAAUCCCUGCUGUUGACCUCAUGGGAAGCCUGUGGAUGCAGGGAGGGGAACAUGACUGGAAAACCAGCCUUCCCCUCACCCUGAGGGCAUUCCCAUUGCCCUGUGCCCCCUCUCUGUGCACUGUAGGCUCUCCCCAUCUCUCUUCCCCUGCACAUCCUCCCUCCAGUCCCUCUGGUGCUAAAUACCAUCAGUUCCUGUGAUGCCCUGUGCUGGCACUCACUCCUGCCCCACAACCUCACAUCCCUGCCUGGCCUGCCCAUGUCACCCCGUUCCUUUUUGCCCCCGUACCCCAAUCAGCUCUGAUCCCUUCUGCAGGGAUGGGUCCUCUCUGGUCCCAUCCUGCUUCCUGUGCUCGAGCACCUUCAGCUUGGCUCUGGUCCUUUCUGUGCUCACUCACACCCCUGUGUGACAACCCCUACACUCUCCAACCCCCUUCCCCCUCCCCAUAUAUGCCUGCAUCCCCUCCAGACCUCUCUGCUUGCUGCCUCUAAGACCCUUCCUGGGUUUCUGUGCCCCCUGCUCUGGUCUGCUCCAAGCCCCUCUGGGUCCAUUCAGACCUCUCUGCCCCUUCCUCCACUCCCUGUGUGACAGAGCUGCCUGCAAGGGCAGUGAGAGCUCGGGCAGGCCCUGUGUCCCCUGUGGAUGGGAUCUUGCCCACGGUCUCGCAGGGAAUGGAGCCCAGAAAGAGGGUCUGCUUUUGGCUGCUCCCUUGGCUGCUUUUGGUUGCCUGUGGCAUGGCCAGGCUGGGACAAGCACCAGCUGCCUCCUUCCCAAGGUAAGAUUGAGCUGCUCAGGUCAGUGUGGAUGUUUUGGCAGUUGCUCUCCUUGCUUGUGCUCUUUAGAUGACCUAAAUCACAGAGCACAAAAUACUUCCCAUGAGGAUUUCUCCCAGACAGACACUCACGUCAGAGCCAGGGAGCUCCCGAGUGAGAGCCAUGCCAUUGCCAUCACUGACCCCUGCAUGGAUGGCAAAAGUCUGUUGAGUGUAUGGUUAUAUUAUUUUUCUCUGCUAACAUGGCCAAAGCAUUUCCAAGGGGUUCCCCAGAGGUCCUUGGCAGAGAGCUAAGGCCAGACUCUGCAUUUCUGUGGUCUCUGCCUCACCAAAGACGCACCAGGUUUGGUCUUCCAGCAAGCUGAGUGAUGCUGUUGAUAUGCUGGAGGGAAGGGACAGCAUCCAGGGGGACCUGUACAGGCCGGCACAGUGGGUCCAUAAGAACCUCAUGAAGUUCAACCAGGCCAAGUGCAAGGUCAUGCACCUGGGUCAGGGCAAUCCCCAGCAC